GUCAGCUUCAAGUCAGGUUUCCCUGGCAGUGUGACUCCAGAUUAUGUCCCUUUUCAAGUAUGAAACUCUUUGCCGGUAAAAAGGAAAAACAUUGAUGGCAAGUUGGGCACUACUUAACUUAGUAAUCCUUACUGAUUAAAGUUUCAAUCUUUUUCGGUUACAUUACAUUUGUUGGGACUUUCAACAUACAUGAGAACAAUGCUUUCUACCCAAGUAAAGGCUCUUUUGAGUGCUAUUGGAGUUGGUGAGAAAUCAUUGACUAUUAUUGGUGCAACUUUUCAGUGGUUCUUGAGAGAUUUAACAGGAAUGCUUGGAGGCAUAUUAUUCACAUUUUAUCAGGGCUCAAAUCUUGAUAGCAAUGCUAAAAUGUGGCGUUUGGUUGCAGAUCUCAUGAAUGAUUUAGGCAUUUACAUGGGUGAAAUCUAUGCACAUGGAAAGAGGAUAGUACACAUGUAAGUGUGGAGGCUGCUCUGAUUAUUGUGCUCUGGUUAAAGCUUGUUGCUAUAAGUUUUGUUCGUUAAUGGCUCUUAUAUUCCAUAUUCGAGCUAGAAAUCCUGUAUUAAGGUAGGAGGCCACGACCAAUUGUGGAACCUUGCCUGGAAUUUGACUAUAAUAACCUCUACUAACUGGGAAAUCAAUUAAGAUGAAACUUGGUGGGCUUGCAAAUGCAGGAGAACUAGAGAUACUUACUCAAUUGGGCUUGAAUUAUAGAACUAGACAUCUCAUGCCGUUCAGUUGCUGCCAGUGAGACUUAAAGUCAAAGCAUCUUGCCAACAUUACACCACAUAGAAACUAGCUCUCCUUUCUCAAGAUUAUAUUUAUGUAAUAUUAUUAUGUAAAAUCUAUUUGAUGGUCAGACAUCAAAAACCAAUUUUCUUUGAAUUCCAUUGUAUAUUGAAACAAGGGCAGUAGUGACCAAACUUUUAUGCUGUUAUGACUUACCUUUUAUUUUCUUUCUCUAACUG